AAAACCGGCUGACCCCACAGAGAAUCUCGUAAUUUCCUUCAAAACUCGAGGGCACUUCCCCAACCCCACCCUUAUAAAAGCCAUCUCACUCUUCACUUCCGAAAACCCCCGAGUUUGUCUCUCUAAUCACUACGGCGUUAACCAGAUCUGAAGAAGACGACCCAGAAGCAAAGACCCCCCCGGACAAGAUUCCCGGGAAAACGAGAAAACUUUCCAUCACUUUCCGGGGUAAAUGUCGGCUGGAAUCGGGAAAUGCAGCAAGAUCCGCCACAUCGUGAGGCUGCGGCAGAUGCUGCGCCGGUGGCGGAGCAAGGCGCGGGCCUCCUCCGCCUCCACCGCCGCCAGAGGCCCCGUCCCUGCAGACGUGCCGGCGGGGCACGUGGCGGUGUGCGUGGGGGAGGGGUGCAGGCGGUUCGUGGUGCGGACGACGCACCUGAACCACCCCAUCUUCCGGAAGCUCCUCGUCCAGGCGGAGGAGGAGUACGGGUUCGCCAACCACGGGCCUCUCACCAUCCCCUGCGACGAGUCCUUCUUCGAGGAGGUCCUCCGGUUCGUCUCCCGGCCCGACUGCCCGGCCCGGUCCACGAACCUCGAGGACUUCCAGCGGCACUACUGCCACGCCGGCCGCCUCGACUUCUGGCCCGAGUCUCGGCCGUUGCUCCAUGGGCUCGCCGAGAAGACCAUCUGGUGAAUCCCGCCAGAGACAGAAAUAAAAGGGUAACGGGCGGGACAGAAUGCGGCGGGCUCCGACCCGGGUUCAACUCAGUCCGAGUAAGGAAUAAGGAUGUCCCCACUCCGGUUUGGAAAUGCGAGUUGACCGAGCGGUUGGCGAGGGAACGAAAGAAAGGUGGCUGAGUUUUGGUUCAAUGUGUACAGUGCGACUCGGGUGAGUUGGCGAGGUUGGGGGUUUACACUUUGCGUCUUUUUACUUACCAUUUGUUGAAAGGUAAGUUUAAUGGGUCUCUUCUUUUCUUUUUUCUCUAAGAAACUUCAAAUUUUUUUUUCCUUUUAUUUCCCCUUAAUUUUGGGGAGGGGAAUAAUUGUUAUUCUGUGAUUAUAUCCGGGUCGAGAUCGAGAAAGAGAGGGAGGGUCGGAUACAACAGAGUUGCUCCGGAUGAGAAUUCCCAUGGAGAUGGCAAAGAAACGGGUGGAGAUAGGCUUUGUCUCCUCUGAGUCGUCCCGAGUUCGAAUCGGAGAGGAGGCAAGUUCGAGCAGAAUCAAGCGAAGAGGAAGUCCAAGACGCUAGUGUAAUGUAUUAUGGAUCUCGUCUUUUUUUGCUUUCCUUAAUUUUGUAAAUUUUUAUGUAAUCUAUUAAUUGAUUUAAAUGGAAAAUAAUGGGAAAAUAUUCUCGGCGUCAAUGAUUCUCCAUGAACAGCUAGUGUGAAUAAUUGGCGCAGCAAUGUUUAUGCAUCGAG